AUGAAACUUUUCACACCAUUGCACUAUGAACAACCCUCACAACAUUUGGAUGUGCAUCCAGUCCUUCAAGGAACAGGACUUCGGAUUUUCCUUAAGGACGUAACACUGCCACCUAUCCCAAGCAUUCAAUAUUACACUGAUGGAUCUAAAAUAGAUCAACAGACAGGCUGUGCCCUUGUAGCCUUUCAUAAUGGUCAGUCAAUUUAUCAGUGGCUGGGUCAUCUCCAUGGAAAUAAUAGUGUAUUUCAAGCGGAGGCCCUAGCCAUCCUCAAAGCAGUUCAACACUGUAAAACAAGUGGUGCUAUGGAGGCAAUAAUUAUCACUGAUAGUCUUUCGUCGCUUCAAGCGAUUCAAAACCCCAGACAUUCUUCUUCGCUUAUCUCGGACAUCCAAUGUGAACUUCGUAAUCAAGUGGGAAAUAACAUCACGCUAGCUUGGACUAAGGGCCAUGCUGGGGAUCACGGUAAUACUUUGGCAGAUAAGUUAGCCAAAUCAGCUGCCGAAAAUACCGAUGCCGAGGCUGAAGAAGUGAUUCUUAAGUGGCCAACAUCUCACUUAAAACGAGCUCUUCUUUUAAAAGUUAUAUCCCAAUGGCAACUAGAAUGGGAUACUGAUGAAACCGGUCGACGAACGUACAAUCAUAUUACGUAUGUGGAUCAAUGUCGUCAGAUAACAAAUCAUCAACUAGUAAGAUAUAUCUCGGGGCAUGGUCCAUUUCCAAGCUACUUUUACAAGCAUGGAAUUGCAAAUAGUGAAUAUUGUGUCUGCGCGGAACUCUAG